AUGGUCUCAAGAGGGUGCGAGGGCAAGGAGAGUGCCUGGGUGAAAAAGGCUCCUGCGGGAGCCGCCCCAGCCGAUAAGGUGAAAGAGCCCGAGAAUGGGGAGGACAGGGAAGGAGUCUCCAAGGGCAGGGAAGGCGGGAAAGGAAAGGGGCGGAAAGGCGAACGACCCCGACGAGAGCCGCGAGGGGAGGAGGAUCUAGUCAAGGAGGAGAAGAGUGAGGAUUGGGACUGGAGCUGGCAGAGCUGGGAACAGGAAGCGCGCUGGGACGAGUCUUGGUGGGACCAGUCUUGGUGGAGCAAGACCGAGAGCUGGGACUGGAAAGCCCAGGACGAGUCUGACCACGUCCAGCGGUUCGAACAGUCUGUCGGAGUGCAAGAGGUGCAAUGGGAAGCAAAACCAGAGCUUCAACCAGAGGAAGACGAGACGCAAUGGGAAGCAAAACCAGAGCUUCAACCAGACUACACUUGGGAAGGAAUGGACCUCGCAGCCGACGAUCCGAAGACAGCGAUUGAAAGAUUGGGAGUACUCGAGCGAGAAAGGGCCAGAGCUCUUGUGGACUUCUGUGCUCCGAGUACCGUGCUGGAGCAACACCGUCUACCGGAGCCGCGAACAUUGGGAGAAGCAGAGGGACGCAGAGCGCGAGGUGGCGAGACAGUUCCUGAAUGA